AUGACUAAAGGGAUCUUGCCGGCUCUUGAUGCCAUUUUGCGUGAGGCCUCUAGCUCAGGCAAGAUUAUCAUCGGUCAGACAUUUUAUUCACAGCAGCAGCGUCCUAAGAUCAGCUCUCAUGGGGCCUUUACUACCGAAGCUCUGGAAGGAACCAUGCAGACCCUAAAAGCCACCGAGCAAGGGCUGGUGUUGUGCGUGGACUAUUCAGUUAUGGAGUUUUGCGGAGAUGGAAGCACUGUUCUGGAUCUUGUUAAGCACUUGGUGAAGCGGUUUGACACCGAUAUUCCCUUUGACAUGGAAACAACUCUAGACGAGAAGCAACGGAAAUAUUUGGAGAGUCAGCUGAAAGGCCUCUGUAUCACAGUGAAUUACCUGAAGAAGUCCUCCAAAGGGAAAGACAAUGGGACCAGAAUUCGGAAGUACAAGGUUCAAGGUUUGACAGCUGAGCCUGCGCAACUUAUCACAUUCGAGGACUUUGAUUCAGGGAAGCCCCCCCAUAAGCUUGUUGAGUAUUAUCGUGAGCAGUAUGAAGUGGAGAUUCAGUAUAAGAUGCUUCCAUGCUUGGACUUGAGCACGACAAAUGGCAGACGAAAUUAUGUCCCAAUUGAGCUCUGUACUCUUCAUCGACGGCAGAAGUAUCCCAAGGACGAUACGCUCAAGGGUUCCAAGCAGAAGCCGAGGGACAAGCCACUCGAAUCAAAUGCCCGGAAAGAUAGGAUUCUGGAUAUGGUAAAACCUCCGGAAGGGCCUUGCAGCAGUAGCAGAGGCCAGCAAUUUAACAUUACAUUGAACAGAGAGAUGACAGAAGUCACGGGUCCUAUUCUUGCUCCCCCCACCCUGGCACUCGGCUCCUCCAAUGGCCGCCGCGACUACAAUAUCAGCAGGAAAAACUGCCAGUGGAACCUCAUGAAUUGGAUGAAACUGGUAGACGGCAAAGUACUGAAGUGCUGGGGCAUUCUUGACUUAAGUGCAAUGCCAUCUCACUCUGGCCAGGAAGGGCUUCAUGGAGACAAGUUCAUUGACAAUAUCGUCGACAAGUGUGUUCACCUUGGUAUUCAGAUGCAAAGACAAGGAUGUCUUGUGCGUCGGUCAGCAAUGUCGGUGCUAUCUGAUCCGGGCAAACUACGCAAGGAGCUUAUCCAGGUGAAGAAGGAUGCGGAGGAGUGCACGCAGAAGAAGCUGCAACUCCUCUUCUGCCCGAUGUCUGAGCAGCACCGUGGGUACAAGAUACUGAAGAUGAUCUGCGAGACAGAGCUGGGGAUCCAAACCCAGUGUCUGUUGAGCGACCUCGCAAACAAAGGCAAGGGCCAGGACCAGUACUUGUCCAACCUUGCCCUCAAGAUCAACAUCAAGCUCGGGGGAAGCAACAUGCAGCUAUCUGACCAGCUUCCAAAGGUGACUGGCUCACGUUUCAUGUUCAUCGGCGCGGACGUGAACCACCCGCCUCCAGGAGACACGGAGAGUCUGUCGAUAGCAGCUGUUGUGGCGUCCAUGGAUUGCCCUAGCGCCAGCCAGGACGUGCCGAGAAUCCGUGCCCAGAAGGGCGGCACGGAGGAGAUCGUUAACCUCGGUACCAUGUGUAAGGAGCUCAUCCAAGUCUACAUGGAGAGGAACGGCGGCUUCAAGCCAGACAAGAUUAUUUACUUCCGCGAUGGCGUGAGCGACGAGCAGUUCAAGAUGGUCCUUGACAAGGAGCUAGUGUCGACGAAGAAGGGUAUCUGCGAGGACGGCUACACGCCUACGAUCACAGUGAUCGUAGCCAAGAAGCGGCACCGCACGCGACUGUUCCCCAACGACAGAAAGGAGCUGCGGACGGAUAACGGCAAUGUGCUCCCUGGCACGGUCGUCGACACCGUCGUGGUCGACGAGCGACCUAAAGACUUCUUCCUGUGCAUCCACGACGGGCUGCACGGGACGAGCCGGCCGACGCACUACUACAUUCUGAAGAACGGGCACGACUUCGAGCCCGUGGACCUGCACAAGCUGGUGUACAGCAUGUGCUUCGUGUUCGCUCGCUGCACCAAGCCAGUGUCGCUGACGGCGCCCAUCAAGUACGCCGACAACGCGGCCUACCGCGGCAGGGACUACUAUGACAGCAGGAUGGUGUCCCAGCAGUUCCAGGUCCAGGAGCCCGGGCCAUCAUCGUCGGCCUCCUUCCCCGCGGGUGCUCCCCUGUUCUUGGAUAUGCCCGAGGUGCACCCGGAUCUCAAGGACAGCAUGUUCUUCAUCUGA